AUGGCAAAGGAGGAAGAGGAUGAGAAGAAAGCUAAGAAAGCGAAAAAGGGGAAGAAGGCUCCAGAGCCGGAGAAGCCCAAACGGAGCCUGAAGGGGACGUCGCGGCUGUUCAUGGGCUUCCGCGACCGCACGCCCAAGAUCUCCAAGAAGGGUCAGUUCCGGAGCGCGUCGGCCUUCUUCUGGGGCCUGCACACGGGCCCGCAGAAGACCAAACGCAAGAAGAAGGCGCGCACCGUGCUCAAGUCGACGUCCAAGCUCAUGACGCAAAUGCGCAUGGGCAAGAAGAAGCGGGCGAUGAAGGGCAAGAAGCCGUCGUUCAUGGUCAUCCGCUUCCCGGGCCGGCGCGGCUACGGCCGCCUGCGGCCGCGCGCCCAGUCGCUCAGCAAGGCGUCCACGGCCAUCAACUGGCUCACCAAGAAGUUCCUCAUCAAGAAGGCCGAGGAGUCCGGCAGCGAGCAGGCCUCGCUGGACGCCUGGCUCAACCGCUCGGGCUCCCGCGUGGGCUCCCGCAAGCUGCCCUUCCCGUCGGGCGCCGACAUCCUGCGGCAGGGAGGCCGCCUCCGGAGGUUCCCCCGCAGCCGCAGCAUCUACGCGUCCGGCGAGCCGGUGGGCUUCCUGCCCUUCGAGGACGAGGCCCCGUUCCGGCCCUCGGGCUCCCGCAAGUCGCUGUACGGGCUCGAGGGCUUCCAGGACCUGGGCGAGUAUUACGACUACCACCGCGAGGGUGACGACCACUACGACCGGCAGUCGCUCUACCAGUACGAGGAGGAGGAGCCCUACCUGGGCUACAGCGCCUACGGCCCCUACGGCCCCUACGGCCCCUACGACCCCUACGACCCCGCCUGGCCGCCCUACGGAGACCACCCCCACGGGUACCCGCCCGAGGACCCCUACGACGACUACCACCCGGACUAUUACGGCGGCCCCUACUACCCCACGUACCCCUACGGCUACGGCUACGACGAUUGCGAGCCCCCGUACGCGCCCCCGCCGGGGUACGCGUCCCCCUACAGCUACUAUGAUGCGUACCAAGGCGAGCCGUACCCGCACGGCUACGACCUGGACCCCUACGCACCUUAUGAGGCGCCAUACCCGCCCUACAACCGCCCGUACGACCUCCCGUACGACGUACCCUAUUUGGAUCCCUACGGGGUGCCCUAUGGCGCCCCCUAUGGCGUCCCCUACGCCGAAGACAUCUACGGUGGCGGGGACCCGGCCAUCUACCCUCCCGAAGCGCCCUAUCUUUACCCAGAGGAGCCGGCCUUCGCGUACCCGUGGGUGCCGCCGCCCAUCCUGUCGCCCCACAACCCGUACGCCCACGCCAUGGAUGACAUCGCGGAGCUGGAGGAGCCGGAGGAGGCGGGCGGCGAGCGGCAGAGCACCUCGUUCCGCCUGCCCAGUGCGGCCUUCUUCGAGCAGCAAGGCAUGGACAAGCCCGCCAGGUCCAGGCUGUCCCUCAUCCGCAGGUUCCGCCUCUUCCCGCGGCCCCAGGUGAAGCUGUUCGGGAAGGAGAAGCUGGACGUGUCCCUGCCCCCGUCCCUGGACAUCCCUCUGCCCUUGGGGGAUGCGGACGAAGACGAGGAAGAGGAGGAGACGCCCCCGGGGCCCUACGCCCACCCCUUCUGGGGCUUCCUGCCGCCGCGCCAGCGCAACCUCCAGCGCGCCCUGUCCGCCUUCGGCGCCCGCCGCGGCCUGGGCCUCGGCACCGACUGGGGCCGCCCCCCGCCUCGCCCGGCCACCUCGCUGGCGAGGUUCCUCAAAAAGACGCUGGCGGAAAAGCAGCCCAUCCCGCGGCUCAGGAGCAGCCAGAAGGCGCGGCUGCGAGGCCCGAUGGUCCGGGAGGCGGCCUACAAGCGCUUCGGCUACAAGCUGGCCGGCAUGGACUCCGAGCGGCCCGGCACGCCCAUCGUGCUGCGGAGGGCCGAGGCAGACCUCCAGGAGACCACCGUGCUGUCCAACCUCAAGACCAGAUUUGAACGGAACCUCAUCUAUACCUACAUCGGCAGCAUCCUGGUGUCGGUGAACCCCUAUCGAAUGUUCGGCAUCUAUGGCCCAGAGCAGGUGGAGCAGUACAGCGGGCGGGCCCUGGGCGAAAAUCCCCCGCACCUCUUUGCAAUUGCAAAUCUUGCUUUCGCCAAAAUGCUUGAUGCCAAACAGAACCAGUGCAUAAUCAUCAGCGGAGAGAGUGGCUCUGGAAAAACUGAGUCUACCAAGUUGAUCCUGCACUACCUGGCCGCCAUGAACCAGAAACGAGGCAUCACGCAGCAGAUAAAGAUCCUGGAGGCAACACCCCUCUUGGAGUCCUUUGGUAACGCCAAAACCGUCAGGAACGACAACUCCAGCCGCUUCGGGAAGUUCGUGGAGGUCUUUCUGGAAGGGGGCGUGAUUUCUGGUGCCAUAACCUCCCAGUACCUGCUCGAGAAAUCCAGGAUUGUGUUUCAGGCCAAAAACGAAAGGAACUACCACAUCUUCUAUGAGCUGCUAGCCGGGUUGCCCGCCCAGCUGCGGCAGGCCUUCAGUCUGCAGGAGGCUGAGACCUACUACUACCUGAACCAGGGCGGGAACUGUGAGAUCUCAGGGAAGAGUGACUCCAAUGACUUCCGCCGGCUGCUGGCCGCUAUGGAGGUGCUGGGCUUCAGUGGUGAGGACCAGGACAGCAUCUUCCGCAUCCUGGCCUCCAUCCUGCACCUGGGCAACGUCUACUUCGAGAAAUACGAGACGGACGCGCAGGAGACGGCCUCGGUGGUGAGUGCCCGGGAGAUCCAGGCCGUGGCCGAGCUGCUGCAGAUCUCCCCCGAGGGCCUGCAGAAGGCCAUCACCUUCAAAGUGACCGAGACAAUGCGAGAGAAGAUCUUCACCCCGCUGACUGUGGAGAGUGCCGUGGAUGCCAGAGACGCCAUCGCCAAGGUGUUGUACGCGCUGCUCUUCGGCUGGCUCAUCGCCCGGGUCAACGCACUGGUGUCCCCCCAGCAGGACACGCUGUCCAUCGCCAUCCUGGAUAUCUAUGGCUUCGAGGACCUGAGCUUCAACAGCUUCGAGCAGCUGUGCAUCAACUAUGCAAACGAGAACCUUCAGUACCUUUUCAACAAGAUCAUCUUCCAGGAGGAGCAGGAGGAGUACAUCCGGGAACAGAUCGACUGGCAGGAGAUCACCUUUGCCGACAAUCAGCCGUGCAUCAACCUCAUCUCACUUAAGCCCUAUGGUAUCCUGCGCAUCCUCGAUGACCAGUGUUGCUUUCCCCAGGCCACAGACCACACGUUUCUGCAGAAGUGCCAUUACCACCACGGCGCGAACCCGCUCUACUCCAAGCCCAAGAUGCCGCUGCCCGAGUUCACCAUCAAGCACUACGCAGGCAAAGUCACCUAUCAGGUGCACAAGUUCCUAGACAAGAACCAUGACCAGGUGCGCCAGGAUGUGCUGGAUCUCUUUGUGCGGAGCCGGACACGGGUGGUGGCACACCUCUUCUCCAGCCACACCCCACAGGCUGCCCCUCAGCGCCUGGGCAAGAACAGCUCCAUCACCCGGCUCCACAAGGCACACACAGUGGCCGCUAAGUUCCAACAGUCACUCCUGGAUCUGGUGGAAAAGAUGGAGAGGUGUAACCCCUUGUUCGUACGUUGCCUGAAGCCCAACCACAAGAAGGAGCCGGGCCUCUUUGAGCCAGAUGUGGUAAUGGCGCAGUUACGCUAUUCGGGGGUGCUGGAGACUGUGCGAAUCCGCAAGGAGGGCUUUCCAGUGCGCCUGCCCUUCCAGGUGUUCAUCGACAGGUACCGCUGUCUAGUGGCCCUCAAACACGAUCUGCCAGCCAGUGGGGACAUGUGCGUGUCGCUGCUGAGCCGCCUGUGCAUGGUCAUGCCAAAUAUGUACCGCGUCGGUGUCAGCAAGCUGUUCCUCAAGGAGCACCUGCACCAGCUGCUGGAGAGCAUGCGAGAGCGCGUCCUGCACCUGGCAGCCCUCACGCUUCAGCGCUGCUUCCGAGGUUUCCUCAUCCGACGGCGGUUCCGCUCACUGCGCCGCAAGAUCAUCCUGCUGCAGAGCCAGGCCCGGGGCUACCUGGCCAGGCAGCGGUAUCAGCAGAUGAGGAGAAAUCUGGUGAAGUUCCGGUCCCUGGUGCGCACGUACAUGAACCACCGGCAUUACCUCAAGCUGAGGGCAGAGCGGAGGCUCCGGGCGGAGGAGGCGCGGCUCCGGGAGCUGGAGGAGCUGAGCAAGCGGGAGGUAGUGGCCGUGGGGCACCUGGAGGUACCCGCUGAGCUGGCGGGACUCUUGCAAGCUGUGGCAGGCCUCAGACCGGCCCGGGUGCCCCGGGUGGCCCCUGUGCGGACCCCCCGGCUCCAGGCCGAGCCCCGUGUCACACUGCCCCUGGACAUCAACAACUACCCCAUGGCCAAGUUUGUCCGAUGCCACUUUAAGGAACCUGCCUUGGGGAUGCUGACCGUGCCCCUGAGGACACCCCUCAUGCAGCUGCCGGCAGAAUGCCAUGCGGAAGCCGUGAGCGUCUUUAAGUUGAUCCUGCGUUUCAUGGGCGACCCCCACCUGUACGGCGCCCAGGAAAACGUCUUCGGGAACUACAUUGUGCAGAAGGGGCUGGCGGUGCCCAAACUGCGGGAUGAGAUCCUGGCGCAGCUGGUCAACCAGGUGUGGCGCAACCCCAAUGCCCACAAUGCCGAGCGCGGCUGGCUCUUGCUGGCUGCCUGCCUCAGCGGCUUUGCACCUUCCUCGCACCUCAGCAAGUACCUGCUCAAGUUUGUGUCUGAUUACGGGCAGAAUGGCUUCCAGGCUGUGUGUCAGCACCGUCUCAUGCAGGCCAUGGGCCGGGCCCAACAGCAGGGCUCCGGGGCUGCCCGCACCUUCCCCCCGACCCAGCUCGAGUGGAGAGCAACCCAGGAGAAGGCCAGCAUGGCGCUGGAUGUGGGCUGCUUCAAUGGCGACCAGUUCUCCUGCCCGGUGCAUUCCUGGAGUACGGGGGAAGAGGUGGCCGGAGACAUUCUGAGGCACAGGGGCCUGGCAGAUGGCUGGCGGGGCUGGACAGUGGCCAUGAAGAACGGAGUCCAGUGGGCAGAGCUAGCAGGCCACGACUACGUGCUGGACCUGGUGUCCGACCUCGAGCUGCUCAGGGACUUCCCGAGACAGAAGUCCUACUUCAUCGUGGGUGCAGAAGGGCCCAUGGUCGGCAGGGGAGGCCCCAGAGCGUUGUUUGGGAACAGCUGGGACUCAGAUGAGGACACGCCCACCAGGCCCCAGUCCCAGGGACACGCGCCCAAUGUGGCUGACUCCGAUGGGUACCGCAGCCACAACGAGGAUGGUACAAAUGGGGAGACUGGGGCCCAGAGAGGGACAGCGACCCACCCAGACUCAGACAGCCUGGGAGAACCAUCUGUGCCCCACAAAGGACUGGAUGGCUACCUGGACAGCCUCUUCGACCCUGUGCUGUCUUAUGGGGACGCGGUAGGGAUGUGGGCGGGUGUUUGCAGACCCCUGGGACCACGUGUGCACACCAAGUCACAUACCCACAGGGUGGUGCAGGAGCCUCUCACAGCCAGGGUCGUCCCGGGCCUGGAUGCCUCCACGCUGGCUCUGCAGCAAGCCUUCAUCCACAAACAGGCCGUCCUCCUGGCCCGGGAGAUGACCCUGCAGGCCAUGGCGCUCCAGCAGCAGCCUCUGAGUCCCACCCCAAGGCCCUUGCCCCCGGAGAAACCCCUAGCGCCAGAGGCACGGCCGAAGUUUGUGGGCACUGGACCCCCAGCCAAGCCUGUACUCCCGCGCUCCACUCCAAAGCCUUUGGCCCCAGCCCCUCUGGCCAAGACCCCGAGACCCCCCACCAAGCCCGUGGCCGCCCCCAUUCUAGCUCAGGACCGGCUUUGUCCGGAAACCACUUCUCCCUGCCCGGAUCUGGUCCGGUAUUCAACGCUCAACUCUGAGCACUUCCCACAGCCCACACAACAGAUCAAGAACAUCGUCAGGCAGUACCAGCAGCCGCCGCGGGGAGGCCGGCCCGAGGCCCUCAGGAAGGAUGGCGGAAAGGUGUUUGUGAAGCGGCCAGACCCCCACGAGGAGGCACUGAUGAUCCUCAAGGGGCAGAUGAGCCACCCAGCGGCAGCAUCUGGCAGCCAGGUGCCCAGAGAGGCCGUGGCCUUGGUCAAGCCAGUGACCAGCACCCCAAGGCCAUCCAUGGGACCCACACCAGGGCCGCCCUCGCGGUCGCUGGAGCCCCCGGAGGAGCCCCUGCAGACGCGGCUGCACCGCCUGGUGAACCCCAACUUCUACGGCUACCAGGACGCCCCCUGGCGGAUCUUCUUGCGCAAAGAGGUGUUUUACCCCAAGGACAGCUACAGCCACCCUGUGCAGCUAGACCUCUUGUUCCGGCAGAUCCUCCAUGACACGCUCUCCGAGGCCUGCCUGCGCAUCUCUGAGGACGAGAGGCUGAAGAUGAAGGCCCUGUUUGCCCAGAACCAGCUGGACACACAGCGGCCCCUGGCAACGGAGAGCGUGAAGCGGGCCGUGGUCAGCACCGCACGCGACAGCUGGGAGGUCUACUUCUCCCGCCUCUUCCCCGCCACGGGCAGCGUGGGCACCGGUGUGCAGAUCCUAGCUGUGUCCCACACAGGCAUCAAGCUCCUGCGGAUGGUGAAGGGCAGCCGGGAGGCAGGCGGGCAGCUGCAGGUCCUGCGCACAUACAG